CAGGGGAUGAACAACCAGUACGUCCGCCGGGAGGUCUUCUGCGGGAACACCUGCCACGAGCUCACGCGCUUCUGGGAGAGGGAGAUCGGCAAGCAGGCGGGCUACCGCGAGUCCGAGGAACACCGCCUGGGACGGAGUGCGCUGAGGAAGCUCCGAGAAGAAUGGAAACAGAGGCUGGAAACGAAGCUGAGGCUGCGGAACAAUCCAGAAGAGACGGAGAAGCAUACACAUGUCAGCUGAGACCUCCAUGCUUCGCUGACCCAAGAGGCCACAGAGCCUCUGCAAGGAGUCAGCUCGUGUCCCCAAGUCCCUGUGUAG